AUGGCUGAGGCUGUUGUCGGGGCACUGAUUGGCAAGCUAGGUGCAGCCUUGGCAAAAGAAGCAGCAACCUAUGGUGCAGCACUGCUUAAUACUUCUGCCCUCAAGGAUCUUUUUGGCGAGAUCCGCAGAGCUGAGAGGGAGUUGGAGAGCAUGAAGGCCUACUUGCGUGAGUCAGAGAAGUUCAUGGAUACUGAUGAGACCAUGGGCAUCUUUAUCAAGACUAUUCGGGAACUAUCUUUCCGGAUAGAGGAUGUUGUUGACGAGUUCAUGUACAAGCUUGAGGGCAACAAACAUGGAGGAUUUGCAGCCAGGAUAAAGAAGAAGAUAAAACAAGUCAAGGUUUGGCGCCGCCUAUCUCUCCAACUUCGUGAUAUCAAUAUCGAGCUUGAAGACACUGUGAAAAGGAGGGACCGUUAUGUAAUCCCUAAUACUGGAACUGGAAACGCCCAUCAUUUUGCAAGGGAAGAUACCAAUCAAGCUUCGUGUUUUGCAAGGGAAGAGGAACUAGUGGGUAUUGAAGAUGAUGGAGCCAAGCUCAAGGGGUGGCUAGUUGAUGAUUUGAAACAAAGGAACACCAAAAUCACCACAGUUUGGGGGAUGGGUGGAGUAGGCAAAACUACUUUAGUUGACCAUGUCUAUAAGAGUGUGAAAUUAGAUUUUGAUGCUUCUGCAUGGGUAACUGUGUCCAAAAGUUAUAAAGUUGAGGACUUGCUGAAGAAAAUUGCUACAGAGUUCCGCGUGCCAGUCAAUUCUAGCAUUAUGGAUAUGAGAAGAUUAGUUGACGCCAUCCGUAGACAUCUUGAAGGUAAAAGGUUUAUCUUGGUAUUGGAUGAUGUUUGGGAAAAAGAGGUGUGGAUAAACAAUAUCAUGCCUGUUUUUCCUGCUAAUUGUACUAGAAGAUUUGUUCUCACAUCAAGAUUAUCUGAAGUUGCAUCUUUGGCAAGUAGUAACUGUGCAAUGAAACUGGAACCGCUACAAGACCAUCACUCUUAUAUGUUAUUUUGCAAGUUAGCCUUUUGGGAUAAUGAUGAUAAAAGGUGUCCUCCAGAGUUAUCGGAUUUGGUCACAAAGUUCUUACAAAAGUGUGAAGGUUUGCCUAUUGCGAUUGCAUGCUUAGGCCGACUACUAUCCUGUAAACCCCCAACAUACACUGAAUGGAAAAUUUUGUUCGACGAGUUAGAGUUGCAGUCGGUUAGAAACACAAUCCCUGGUGUUGAAACAAUUCUGAAAGUCAGCUUGGAGGAUCUUCAAUAUGAUCUGAAGAAUUGUUUCUUGCAUUGUGCACUAUUUCCUGAGGAUUAUGAAUUGAAGAGGAGGAGGUUAAUUAGGCAUUGGAUUACUUCUGGAUUCAUCAAGAAAAAGGAAAAUAAAACACUAGAACAAGUGGCAGAGGGCUACUUGAAUGAUCUUGUGAACCGAAGCCUACUGCAAGUUGUGAUGAACAAUGAGUUUGGACGAGUAAAAUGUUGCCGAAUGCAUGACGUCAUCCGCCAUAUUGCCAUUGAAAAAGCUGAGAAAGAAUGCUUUGGUAAAGUUUAUGAGGGCAAUGAGACUUUUUUGGUACACCGAACACGUAGACUGUCAAUACAGAGCACCAAUAUUGAACUGUUAAAUCUAUCCGGUGCGACACAUCUUCGCCAAAUACAUGUUUUUACAAGGUUUGUUGAUAUUGAUCGGCUCAGGCCAAUCCUUUCAUCUUCAGUUUUGUUGUCAACACUGGAUCUGCAAGGUACUGAAAUCAAGGUGCUGCCUAAUGAGAUCUUUAGCUUGUUUAAUCUGCGUUUCUUGGGCCUUAGAAAUACCAAAAUUGAGGUUCUGCCAGAGGCCAUUGGAAGAUUAGCAAACUUAGAAGUACUGGAUACAUGGUUUACUUGUCUGCUAUCUUUACCAAAUGAUGUAGCUAAACUGGUAAAGCUUAGAUACCUAUAUGCAACUGUAAAGGUCACUGAAGGAUCUUUCUCGCGUAAUCGUGGAGUGAAGAUGCCUAGGGGCAUAAAGAACUUGACAGGACUGCAUGCUCUGCAAAAUGUUAAAGCUACCUCAGAGACUCUAUGUGAUGUUGCAGCUUUGACAGAGUUACAGACAUUUUCAGUUGACGAUGUUACAAGUGAACACUCAUUAAUCUUGAGGAAUGCUCUUCUGAAGAUGAGAAAUCUUGUCAGUUUGUCAAUUACUAGUAUGUCAGAUACAAAUGAGGUAUUGCCACUGGAAGAACUCUGUUUACCAGAAAGUCUUUGUAAACUUGGACUGACAGGGAAGCUCAAAAAGAAACGAAUGCCUCAUAUUCUGUCAUCUUGGUGUUUGACGUACAUCUCGAACGUCUUUACUGUUUCCGUCAUCGCGUCACAAAACAAAAACACUAAAAAAUCACGAAAACCCAACACAGCUUUUCGGAAUAGUGAUGACAAAAGGUGCCCGUCAGAGUUACAGGAUUUGGCUGUAAAGUUCUUACAAAAGUGUGAAGGCUUGCCUAUUGCCAUUGCAUGCAUAGGACGUCUAUUGUCUGUCAAACAACCAACAUACUCUGAAUGGGAUAGUGUGUACAUGGAGCUAGAAUUGCAGUCAAAUAAUAAUGUGAUCCAAGGAGUCGAUAGUAUUCUAAAAGUAAGCUUGGAGGACCUUCCGCAUGAACUAAAGAAUUGCUUCUUACAUUGUGCAAUAUUUCCUGAGGAUUAUAAAUUGGGGAGGCGAAGAUUAAUUAGGCACUGGAUUACAUCUGGAUUCAUCAAGGAAAAGGAGAACAAAACACUAGAACAAGUGGCAGAGGGAUACUUGAAUGAUCUUGUAAACCGAAGCUUGCUACAAGUCGUGAUGAAGAAUGAAUUCGGACGACUGAGGUGCUGCCGAAUGCAUGAUAUCAUCCGCCAUUUUGCCCUUGACAAAGCAGCAAAAGAAUGCUUUUGUACAGUUUAUGAGGGCCAUGGGACAUUUUCAGUACAUGAAACACGCAGACUGUCAAUAAAUAGCACCAAUGUUGUACCGCUGAAUCAAUCUGGUGUGAUGCAGCUCCGUGCAAUCUAUGUUUUUACAAGUUCUGUUGAUAUCGAUUUGUUGAGGCCUAUCCUUGCAUCCUCAACAUUGUUGUCAACAUUGGAUCUUCAAGGUACUAAAAUCAAGAUGCUCCCUAAUGAGGUCUUCAGCUUGUUUAAUCUGCGUUUCUUGGGUCUCCGUUGUACUGGAAUUGAGACUCUACCAGAGGCUGUUGGAAGAUUGCAAAACUUAGAAGUACUAGAUGCAUUCGACACUGGUCUACUAUCUUUACCAAAGGAUGUAGGAAAACUGAAGAAGCUUAGGUACCUAUAUGCAACUGUAAGUGUCAAUGAAGGAUCUUUCUGGCGUCAGCGUGGAUUAAAGGUGCCUAGGGGCAUAAUAAAGAACCUGACAGGACUGCAUGCUCUUCAAAAGGUUAAAGCUAGCUCAGAGACUCUCCGUGACGUUGCAGCUUUGACGGAUUUACGAACAUUUGCCGUUGAUGACGUGACAAGUGAGCACUCGUUAGUCCUGCGCAGUGCUCUCCAGAACAUGAGCAGUCUCGUGCAUUUGUCAAUUGGUAUGUCAAACGAAAACGAAGCAUUGCCAUUGGAACAACUUAGUUUACCAGAAACUCUUAGUAAACUCGUACUGGCAGGGCAGCUGGAAAAGAAACGGAUGCCUGAGCUUCUCUCUUCCUGGUUGCACCUUAACUAUCUCAUUCGUUUAUCUCUGGCGUUCUCCAAACUUGAUGAGAACUCAUUUCCUAACCUCAUGGUGUUGCGUAACUUAUGCUCACUUCAACUUUAUAGGGCUUACGAUGGGAAAACAUUAUGCUUCUCUGUGCAGUCAUUUCCUAGACUGAGAGAACUAUAUAUAAGGGGUGCUCCGCAGCUCAGCCAAGUAGAAAUAGAAGAAGGUGCACUAGGAAGCCUCGUUGAGCUACGGUUUGCAGGGUGCCCAGAACUGAAGCGCCUCCCUCGUGGCAUUGAGUACCUUACAACGCUCGAUGAAUUAUAUUUGGAAGAUGUUGAUGAUGAGCUUAUAAAGAUCAUUAGGCAGGAAGGUGAAGCAAAUGAAUGCAAGGAAGAGCUAAUGAAGGUUGCUGCUGCCUUUGUUGGUCUGCUUUGGACUUUUGGUGGUUCAGUUCAGCGGUUGGUGGACAUCCGCCCAUCAGCAAGGGAAGUCCUGAAUUCCGUAUGGGUGCAGAUUGCAUAA